CAUAUCAGAGAAUUAGGUGGUUGGAAUAAAUUAAGUGGUGGUUUGUACAAAGUUGUAAAUACUAAUGCAGAACUUUACGAACAAUUUAAUAUUCCUGAAAUUGAAGAAAGCCUUUAUGACAAAAAUGGAGCUCCCAUAUCUCAACGUGAUUCAAUUUACUUAAAAUUCUUUAUAUAUAUAAAGGAAUUGAAAGGUUCCUUGGAAUGUCAAAAUGUGUUGAAAUAUAUCACUGGAGGUAUUAAUAUACCAAUUAAGAAUAAAAUUAAGAUCAAUUGGUUUAAAUGA